CAAAUCAACUCUGCCUAUUUCUGAGAUGGAGCUCAGCUGCUAUAACAGAAUUGAUGCCCACCAUCGCGAACACGAACUACUACCGCAGCUGCAGAGGGGGACAUAGCAUUCAUCUGUGACAAAACAUGGCAACCGGACAAAGGUAGGCCACAACCACAAAAGGGACACAGAUGCUAACGAGAUUGGACAAUGAACAGCUGCAGCAAUUGUCACGAAUCCGUCGCAUUUCUAAACCUUCAAACAAUUUUAGGGUAUAAGCGGGAAACUAUGGACUGGCGGAUGUCUUUGGCGCUCAACGCCGCUGCGAUGAUGGAGCGAGCGGACGAGGCGCUCGUUCCGGCUGUGUACUCCGAGAUCGCGGCAGGCUUUGGGAUCGGUCCCUCGGCCCUGGGAUGGCUCACCUUCGUCCGCGCGCUCGUCCAGGCCCUGGCGUCGCCUCUCGCCGCCUAUCUCGCCAUGACCUACAAUCGCGCGCACAUCGUCGGCCUGGGCGCGCUGGUGUGGGGCGCGGCGACGGCGGGAGUGGGAAUUUCCAGGAGCUACUGGCAGGCCGUGAUCGCCAGGGCAGUGAAUGGCAUUGGUCUUGCCGUGGUUGUUCCAGCGAUCCAGUCUUUAGUGGCCGAUAGCCACAAGGAGGAGAGUAGAGGGCUGGCUUUUGGCUGGCUACACGCGUCCGGCCAGCUGGGAACAGUCUUUGGAGGAGUUUUUGCUACACUCCUCGCAGGCACGAAUGUUUUCUCUGGAGUUCCUGGCUGGAGGGUGGCGUUCUUCAUCGUCGCUCUACUUAGCGUGCUCCUCGGGAUCAUUGUCUAUGCCAUCGUCAAAGAUCCAACCCCGCCUAGAUCGUCGGGCAAUUGCACGUCUGUCAGCGAGAAAACGAAAGAGAUGAUCCGAGGCACGCGUUCCGUGCUGAGCUUGAGGACUUUCCAAGUCAUCGUGGCACAAGGGGUGGUCGGUCAGACGCCAUGGAACGCCAUGGUUUUCUUCACGCUCUGGCUGGAGCUCCUGGGAUUCGGGCAUGCCAGGGCGGCUCUGUGCGUGGCACUCCUCUCCAUCGGCAACGCAUUUGGAUCGGUCUUCGGGGGAUGGGUUGGCGACGUUGCAGCAGCGAAGUUUCCAAACGCUGGCCGGAUCGCUUGCUCGCAGUUUAGCGCCGGGGUCGGGAUUCCUCUCUCGGCACUGCUCCUGCUUGGGCUUCCAAGCCGGCCAUCUUUUGCCUGGGCUUACGGCUUGGUCCUCUACGCCAUGGGCUUCCUCAUGUCUUGGAACUCUCCCGCGACGAACUGGCCCAUCUUCUCGGAGAUUGUACCGGCGGAGCUCCGCACGACUGUGUACGCGCUGGACAUGGCCCUGGAGAAGUCCGUAGCGGCCGUCGGCUCUCCUCUGGUGGGAAUACUCUCGGAAGUUUUCGGUUUUAGUAGCAAGCCGGAUGGUGGUGGCGGGGCAAACGCACGAGCAAUGGCACGGGGACUGUUUCUUUGCAUUGCCGUGCCAUUUGUGGCGUGCAUCGCGAUCAUCUCGGCGCUCUACGUCAAAUACCCGGUGGACAGGGACGCUGCUCGAGUAAACCGAGAGUAUGUUAAGCUGGAGGUGGAUGACGAAGACAGGCCAGCGGUUGCUGUUGAGUAGAAAAUGGAUGCUGUUCUUGGAACCCGCUUGAUCUUGGGGACCUUUCGGCCACCAUAUUUCCAUAUUUCAUGCAGGUUUGCAGGCUUGCUUGUUUGGGGUGAUUGAAGAUUUCAGAGUAGAAUGCAUGGGUUAAGGAGAUGAUUUGCUAAUUGCUGGCAAAUUCCUAAUUUAUGCCAUAACAAAGCUAGUAAAAAGCAUUUGUGAAUCACCACUUAAUACUUUGCAGCAAUUAAACUAACUAUACCUUAA